UCAAAAAUUUUCACGUCUCUCAUUAGACUUCUUCUCUGCCUUUUCUGAUCUUUCCAUUUCUUUUCAUCGUCCUACCGCGCUCUUACAUUAAUACUACACACUGCUCGUCCUUUGUGACCGUCACGAUCUCCGAACCGCUCGGACUCCACACUCAUUAUCGUACCCGCUUAUACGUUGAAACGAAAAACGAAAACCCACGUCGAAUUAUACGUCGAAAAUUCGCAGUUUAUGAAAAUAGCUAUGGCAUGUGUCGAAACGUUGUCUUAGUUGCAGGACUUAGGUAAUCAUCUAGAAAAAAAAAUUCGAGGAGUUUUUCCGCAACUCCGGGCCGGGCCCGCGGCAGAGGAUGUCAUCUUCGACCUCAUCAUCAUUAUCAUCCCAAUCGCCGAGACCGCCGUUGCAAGAAAGGUCGGAAGCGGAAAAGAAUAAGCUGCAGAUUCGCAUCGUCCCUUACUCACCUCCGAGGCCGGGAGAUGGCGAAAGCAGCAGCAAGUCUCACGUGCAAGAACAGGAAGCCGGAAACAAUGUUCAAAAUAACACGAACGCGACCAAUGACCGAGAAGCUAUUACUACGCCACAGAGGAGGAGAGCCACCAGCUAUGGGAGUGAAGGAUAUGGCGCAGAAUCUCAGUCUCCGUCCCCGUCGUUUUCGACACCAGCCUCGCCAUUGGAGAGAGUUAAGGGCAAAGGUGUUUCAGGGACGAAACUCGCCUCUGACUCGGCUGGCCUUGGGCGCACUGCCCCACCAUCCCCUGUCCUUAACAGGCCCUCAUAUGGAAGCAGUAAUGACAGGCCCGCUAAUGCCCAGCCUGAGUUGUCGUCGUCGCGCCACGAUGACAGAUCAGCUUCGUCGACGUGGAAACGGCCCUUGUCGAGGAGAGAAACUUUCAUCAACGUCCACGCCGACAAGACUUUCUCAGUUGUGCUCAAGUCGACGCGUCAGCGACAGUCCGACCGGUCGGCAUCUACUAAUACCACAUCUCUUCACCCCUCCAACACCUCCGUUAUCAGCUCGCAUGAAGAAAGCUCAUUUGUCGCAUCUACCGAAGAUCGUCACGGCUCCCCAUUAAGUUCCGUACCCGAGCGCAGCGUCUCGCCCUACACCUCAAUUGCCCCAUCGACAGCCACAGCGUUACCUGAAGAGCAGGAGACCGAAUCUUCUUCGCCCUGGAAUUAUCGCAUGGUCGGUGGCUUGCGCAAGGUCCCCAAAACUCCUGAUUUCAAAGGCAAAGGCAAGGAAAGGUAUCUUUCCGAAUCACCGCUCCCGCCGUUACCAAGCACAGUUGUCACGCCACCGGAGCAGCCAUCUUCUCAUCUCGCGGCGAAACCGUCCUUCGCUUCCGAACAAACAGAUUCGACUCUCGAAGAGACGACGAAUUAUAAAAUUAUUGGACGUAGCUCUCCACCUUUACCUUACACAGACAGCAUUGAGGACGUCGAGGAAUCUCCCUCGUCAAGUAGCUCAAACAUCAAACUUCUCGGUCAAUCAUCUCCCGCGCAGACCCUCGCCUCGUCCGCCGCUGCUCCGGGAUACGCCGACACGCCAGGAAGCAAGAAUUAUAUCGUUUACGGCGAUACUUCACCGCUCUCUUCGUCAGCUACUCCUUUCCGAGGUCACCACUACCAUUCUUCUGACGAGAGUUCCACCCGGCAACUACGGGAGAAAUACUCGCAGGAAAGUCUUGUCGUUCCUCCGCUUCGGCCACACAAGAGAUCAUCGUCCGAGAACUUUGGUUACUAUAAGCAGCAAUCGAAAGAGAACCUCCGAGGACGCGCGAACUCGUUUUCGUCCCUUUCCAGCAUAGCUAGCCAGGAUACCGCAUCCCUCUUCGGCGGUAACACUCCGAACGUUGUUCGUCUGGCCCAUACGCCUUCCACCUCGUCUAUUCCGCGAUCUACAUGGGUAGGAACAGCAAGCAUUCCGCAACAACGGGUACGGAUGGAUGUGCAUCAAUGGAGCUCGCAGCUCUCGACUGUGAUGUCCGAGUACGAAGGCAGCGAUCCGGGUUCUCAGCUAGCCUCUCAACUAGGUUCUCAUCCGGGCUCGCGUGUCGUCUCCGUCGGUUCAAUUCCGGAGCGGGUUAGCAGCGCUUUCGGAAGCAGGGACAGCCGACAAAUGCGAAGCAUAUCGUCAUCGCUGGGCCUAGAAAAUAUCGAUGUACGAAGAUCACACUCGAGAUCUCAUUCAAGAUCGAAUUCCCAGGGCGACUCCAUAGAACGCCCCGGACCUUCGUAUGCGAGAAAUGGACUUCCCAGCCCUCUCAUCCGUACUGUUCGGGAUCAUGACGAACACGGUGACGGAUUAGCGGAUCUCCACCAAUUAGACCACAAAUCAUCUCGAACUCGUUUGGGCUUCUCUAGACAAGCUUCGGAUCGGAGUCUCCGCUCGUCCGGUAGCUCCCGCGCCGGAAGCUUGACGGCAGCUUCUCUGCCAACUUGGGCACGACUUUAUUACGGUAGCGGAGAGAGACGAUGGCUCGCUCCGGCUUCAAUCAGGUCUAUGUCCGAAGCAGGUGAUAGUCGCCCUCCAAGCCCUUGGAUCGGUGGUGGCGGUUCUCCAGCUCACGACCAAACGAUAUAUAACCCUCGCCGUCGACCAAUGGACAUCGAUAUUCGUGGCCAGCGACGGGGUUCGAUGGAUAUUGAACCGGUUAGCGAGACUGGCGAUGUUCGGCUAGCCCCUAGAAAGAAGACGUCGAGUAUCUGGUCACCUCACCUUCGUCUGGACACGCGAGCUAGCGGCUUCAGCGCUUGGAACGCUCCUUCUGUCACCUGGUCUGCCGACAGCGGCGUGUUUGGGAGGCGCAAUAUUCAGGUGGUCCUGUUUGUUGCGGGAUUUCUAUUCCCAUUCGCAUGGAUGGUUGCAGCGUUCCUGCCGCUACCUCCGAAACCAACGCUUGCCAUGGACGAGCGAGAUCGAAGCACGACCGAAUUUGCUUCCGAAUCAGGGGAGCCUCCGCGAGGACAUGUCCUCGUCGAUGAUUCGCGAUACCAGAGCGCGAGAUGGUGGAGAAACGUGAACCGAUUCAUGGGCGUCGCCGGACUGUUAAUCCUCGGGGCGGUUAUCGCUCUGAUAAUAAUAGGCGUUCGACAGAAAUGGGCUCACUAAUGACGAUAAUGGCGACGAAGGCGCUCGCGCGCGCAACUCCGAACAUACGACACAACAGCUUUUCUAUUUUCAUCUUUUCAACAACGACUGUACGAUUUUCUACGUAAUAUGUAAUGACGACUUCACGAGCCAUGCGGCUUACACCUCCGACCUUAGACAUUCCGGUGCGACAUCCGACACUUAUCAUUUUGAUGGGGAUCUACGAA